GGGGACUGGGCGGUUGCCUCCGCCGCCCGACCCCGUCCAGCGCCGCGGCGGGCGAGGAGGAGCAGCGAGCUCGGUUCGGCCCGGAGCGUGCGAAGGAGUAGGUGUGGGAGGCUCUCAGGUCGACACCAUGACGGAAGGUUUCGACUGCGACAACUGCAAGGAGUCCCUGUAUGGGCGGAAGUACAUCCAGAUGGACAUGGGUCCCUACUGCAUCCCCUGCUAUGAUGCCCACUUUGCUAACACCUGCGAGGAAUGCAAGGAGCUGAUUGGCCACGACUGCAGGGAGCUGUACUACGAGGAUCGCCAUUAUCACGAGCACUGCUUCCGGUGCUUCCGCUGCGACCGCUCUCUGGCCGACGAGCCUUUCACCUGCCAGGACGAGGAGCUGCUCUGCAACGACUGCUACUGCAGCGAGUUCUCCUCCAAGUGCGUCGCAUGUGAGAAGACAGUCAUGCCAGGAUCCCGGAAACUGGAAUACAAUGGACAAACCUGGCAUGAGCAUUGCUUCAUCUGCAGCAGCUGUCAGCAGCCCAUCGGGUCGCGGUCCUUUAUCCCAGACAAGAAGGAUUAUUAUUGCGUCCCCUGUUAUGAGAGCAAGUUUGCCCCCCGCUGCACUCGUUGCAAAAAGUCGCUGACCAAGGGAGGAGUGACUUACCGUGACGAGCCCUGGCACAAGGAGUGCUUUGUCUGCACUGGUUGCAAGGUUCCCUUGGCAGGCCAGCAGUUCACCUCCCAGGAGGACAACCCCUACUGUGUCAAGUGCUUUGGGAACCUCUAUGCCAAGAAAUGCAGCGCCUGCGCAAAGCCCAUCACAGGCUUCGGAGGGGGUAAAUACAUCUCCUUUGAGGAUCGUCACUGGCACCACAACUGCUUCAACUGUGCCCGCUGCACCAGCUCGCUGGUGGGGAAAGGCUUCAUCCCCCGGCACGACGAGAUCCUCUGCCGCGACUGCAGCAGCAACCUAUAAGCCUGGCAAUAGGAUGUGGAUCAGGGGCCUUAUCUGCUCUUCAGGGGCUUCGUGCCAGGCACCCUGGGCAGGUGGGAGAUGUGCCUUUUGUUGCCCUGGAGAGGGCUGAUCCCCUCACCACAGUGUGUGCUCAGGGUGCCUGUGCCCUUCCCUUGAAAGCUAGAAUAAGCCACCCUGGGCUUUCUGCAGAGUGAAGCUAAAUAAACGCCAAACAAAAGGAGCUUCCAAGUCCCUCAUUAUUUUCUCUUCCCUUUGCUUCCUAAGCGCUUGGGCGCUGGCUGAGCCGGGAGCCCCUGUUUGAGCAAAGGGGCUGGCAGUGGCCUUAGGCUCCAUGUGCUGACCACAGCUUUGUCCCUGCUACUUCUUACUGGUUUUCUUCCCCUCCCCUGCAUGAUCCUCUGCUCUGAGUGAUGGGCAGCAGCUCCUGUCCUGGGAGCCAGGCUCUCCUGAGGCUCCUGCCUCCCCAGGCUGGGUUUCCAGCACAGCCUGUUCCCCUAACGUGAGGGUAACCUGGCAUCUCACUGGGCAAGUUUGCAAUGCUUUCUGUGCUGUUCAUUGCAGCCUUGGGUGUUUCUGGCUGGCUGUGAGCAGAGCAUGCUGGGCUGAGCACAUGGCCCACAUUGGGGAAUGGCUUUUUCUGAUGUCUCUCUCCCCCCUUGUUCCUCACGUCUUCAGGGAGAUGGUGUCACUAAUAUGGCAGGGGAACCUGAAUCACCAGCUGGUGCUGAGGGCUCUGGUGCCCCCACCUUCCUGCAGCAUCUCCCCUCCCCCUGCUCUGCCCCCAGCAGAAGGGUCCCCAUCAGCUUCCAAGAGCUACACGAAUGAGUUUAUUUAACGCCGACUCCAAGAGCGCUGAGAAGCGGCUCAGGUGCUUUCGGAGCUAGUCUCGUGCUCUGUGUGCAGGUGCUGCCCGGCUGGCUGAGAGCCGCUUAGCAGAGCAGUUGAAAAGGGCAUUUCAGAGGCAGCUAGAGCCAUUGCAGCUGGCGGUGUUGUCUGCUCCUUCCCCCUUACCGGGUGCUGCAGACACAGGGCUGCCUGUUGCCUCUUACUGAGCUCGGCCACAUGCCACGUAUUUUGACCCCAAAUAUGGUGGUUUAUCCUCUGGCGGUUUGUGCACAGUUGUGUCUUGGCUGCAGGCUCUGCUCGGAAUUCAGCCCAGGGUGCUGCAUGGGAGCUGGAUGGGAGUGGGGGACGAAUGGGGGCUGUGUUUGUAUUAACAACAGGCAAAGCUGCAGAUGAAUUGAACCAGCCCCCAAGACAGCAGCCAAAGGCUCUGCUCCUCCUGUGCCCCCUCCCGCCAGGCGCUGAGCUUUCUUCAUGCUCAUUGGCUGCAGGGGGAGCUGUGGUUGCUCAGCAUCUUGCAGGUCAGGUGCUGGUUGGGGCUUGCUGACCCUCGCCCCAAGUCUGGGCUUCUCAUUCCCAGAGAUGUAGGGCCCUACCAAAGUCAAAGUUCAUUUUGGUCAAUUUCAUGGUCAUAGGAUUUUUAAAAUGGUAAAUUUCA